AGCCGGGGAAUGCGGCCUCGAAGCCCCGCGGUGGGAGGAGCCUCGGUGGGGAGGCGUGCUGGGCCCGGGCGGCGGGAGGUACGGCACGGUUCCGGGCGUCCGGGCUCGGGGACCUUUCGUCGGCUCCGCGGCGUGGCGGGCAGGGCGGCGAGGCGGGCGGCCGCGGCUUCCCGGCAGGCUCGGGCGGCCGAGUCCCUCGCGGUCCUCGGCCUCGCGCGGCGCGGCGGGGGAGGGAGGAGAUGCCGACCCAGAGGGACAGCAGCACCAUGUCCCACACGGUCGCGGGCGGCGGCGGCGGCGGGGACCAUUCGCACCAGGUCCGGGUGAAAGCCUACUACCGUGGGGAUAUUAUGAUAACACAUUUUGAGCCUUCCAUCUCCUUUGAGGGCCUUUGCAGUGAGGUUCGAGACAUGUGUUCUUUUGACACUGAACAGCCAUUCACCAUGAAAUGGAUAGACGAGGAAGGAGACCCUUGCACAGUAUCAUCUCAGUUGGAGUUAGAAGAAGCCUUCCGGCUUUAUGAGCUAAACAAAGAUUCUGAACUCUUGAUUCAUGUAUUUCCUUGUGUGCCAGAACGUCCUGGAAUGCCUUGUCCAGGAGAAGAUAAAUCCAUCUACCGCAGAGGUGCGCGCCGAUGGAGAAAGCUUUAUUGUGCAAAUGGUCACACUUUUCAAGCCAAACGUUUCAACAGGCGUGCUCACUGUGCUAUCUGCACAGACAGAAUAUGGGGACUUGGACGCCAAGGGUAUAAGUGCAUCAAUUGCAAACUCUUGGUCCAUAAGAAGUGCCACAAGCUUGUCACCAUUGAGUGUGGACGGCAUUCUUUGCCACCGGAGCCAGUGAUACCCAUGGACCAGUCAUCCAUACAUUCAGACCACGCACAGACAGUAAUUCCAUAUAAUCCUUCAAGUCAUGAGAGUUUGGACCAAGUUGGUGAAGAAAAGGAGGCCAUGAACACCAGGGAAAGCGGGAAAGCGUCAUCUAGUUUAGGUCUCCAGGACUUUGAUUUGCUCCGCGUUAUAGGGAGAGGAAGUUAUGCCAAAGUAUUAUUGGUCCGAUUAAAAAAAACAGAUCGUAUUUAUGCAAUGAAAGUUGUGAAAAAAGAGCUCGUCAAUGAUGAUGAGGAUAUUGAUUGGGUACAGACAGAGAAGCAUGUUUUUGAGCAGGCUUCCAAUCAUCCUUUUCUUGUUGGGCUGCAUUCUUGCUUCCAGACAGAAAGCAGGUUAUUCUUUGUCAUAGAAUAUGUAAAUGGAGGAGAUCUAAUGUUCCAUAUGCAAAGACAAAGAAAACUUCCUGAAGAACAUGCCAGGUUUUACUCUGCAGAAAUCAGUCUAGCAUUAAAUUAUCUUCAUGAGCGAGGAAUCAUUUACAGAGAUUUGAAGUUGGACAACGUCCUGCUGGACUCUGAAGGACACAUUAAACUCACGGACUAUGGCAUGUGUAAGGAAGGAUUACGGCCUGGAGAUACAACCAGCACUUUCUGUGGUACUCCUAAUUACAUUGCUCCUGAAAUUUUAAGAGGAGAAGAUUAUGGUUUUAGUGUUGACUGGUGGGCUCUUGGAGUGCUGAUGUUCGAGAUGAUGGCAGGAAGGUCUCCAUUUGAUAUUGUCGGCAGCUCUGACAAUCCCGAUCAAAACACAGAGGAUUAUCUCUUUCAAGUUAUUUUGGAAAAGCAAAUUCGUAUACCACGCUCUCUAUCUGUAAAAGCAGCAAGUGUACUGAAGAGUUUUCUCAACAAGGAUCCAAAGGAGCGAUUGGGUUGUCACCCUCAAACAGGAUUUGCUGACAUUCAAGGACACCCAUUCUUCCGAAAUGUUGACUGGGAUAUGAUGGAGCAAAAGCAGGUGGUGCCUCCCUUUAAACCAAAUAUUUCUGGAGAAUUUGGUUUGGAUAACUUCGAUUCCCAGUUUACUAAUGAACCAGUCCAGCUCACUCCUGAUGAUGACGACAUUGUGAGGAAGAUUGAUCAGUCUGAAUUCGAAGGUUUUGAGUAUAUCAAUCCUCUUUUGAUGUCUGCAGAAGAAUGUGUCUGAUCCUCGUGUUCUGUCUAUGCAGUCUGCAUAUUUCCAUUUAGUGCAUGGAUCAACCUAUUAGCCUGGAUGUAGUUAGCCAUUUUGUAUUUGUCACCUACGAAAAUCUCAAUAUCCUAUUAUGGAGUAUAGGAAUCAGUCAUUACAUCUGAAUAUAACUAGGAAAAAGAAAUUAAAGCUAGCUUCUAGACAAUCAUGUCAAGAUGAGUGAAGCUGGUCUUUAGAUACCUGUUAUGAGCUAUGAAGUUGUCUUUGGUUUAAAGAAAAUACCACUGCUUUUCAAAGAGUCUCUCUUGCAUUAUGGCACACAGUAGGAUUACAUCAUAAGCCUCCUACAGUUUUGUCAUUACUUAUUAAGCCAAUUGAAGGCUAAAUUGUAUAAGAGGGUAAUUCAGAAUAUAGCUUCUUAUUACUUACUAGUUUUGGAAUUCCCUGUGUUAAAAAUCUUACAAUUUUCUCAUUGCUUUGGGUAAUUAUUGAUAUUUAAGGCAACAGUUGUCAAAUUGGUAAUUAAGAAGAUUUGUUUUUAUUAAGAAUUGGAUUUUAAAUUCUUAGCCAUUUUUGAAAAAUUGGCAAAAAUGACUUAUUUUUUAUUUUUCUUAAGACUAAGUGGUUAGCUUCUGAGCCUGUCCUUUCUGUGGAAAUUUUAACUGGAAUCUUAAUAAAUGGACCUCAAAGGCUAAGGAUGCAGAUGCAUGGAAAACUGCUCAGUAUAUAUAAGGAAAAAAAUAGAAAUCUAAAAUGGAUACAGAAAGUGCAAUGGUACUAUAUAAUUGCUACUGGAGAGUGAAUCCUACAGUUGCAUUUUGUGAUUUGAUUUAAACAACGAGGAGGCGCUCACUUUUUUUUUUUUACCAAAUUUAUUAAAGCAUUCCAUUUAUUGAGUGCAAGCAAAUGUAUUUUUCUUUAUUAUUUAGUAUGUAGGAAAAUCAUUUAUCUUCUAAGUAGAAUGUGGGAACUCUUAUUGCUUCCUUCCCCAGAGUAUAUUAUUUGUACUUUGGAGCCCUGUUUAUGGAGUCUGCAAUGAGAUCCAGGAAAGUAAUACAGUGAAUAUGAAUGACUGUAACAUGUGUAUACUCCUGUGCAUCUGUUCCGGCUCCUUUACUGAGUUUUUAUGUAGUACGUCGUACCCCGUAGAAGACAUUUCAGGAUCAGAGUUCUACGGGUCUUAAUAGUUCUAUUAAUAUUAGUGUUUAGAAUUUAUUAUUUAAAAUGAUGCUAUAUAUAGCAUCACCCUAUUGUUUAUUUUAAAUAUUUUUAUAUAAAGGACUUUAAAACAACCAUCUAAAUAAAUAGAUAACAUUUGUCCAAUCAGUAAAAUUUAUUUUUAGGGAAGCUAUCUAAUUUUAAGUUUAUAAUGAUUUAAAACAUGUAGCUAUUUGAUAAACUUCCUUUCCUGGGAUGCUACAUCUCAUUAGAAAUGUCAGUCUUCACAGUUAGUGUCAUAUAUUCCCCUUUCUUCGGAGAGCUUAAGACUGAGGGCAGUCAAAACCCCCAGUGAUAAAAGCCAAAUAAGGGGCCAGCAGUGGCUCAGCAGGUGAAGGUUCUUGCUGCCAGGCUUGGUGACCUCAGUUUGAUAUCCGGAGCCCACAUGGGAAAGGAGAGAGCCAACUCCCCACAAGUUGGUGCACUGUGGCAUGAGUGCCCACACACGCACACAAAAUAAAGAUGUUUGAAAAGCCAAAUAAAUGCAGUAAAAUACACGUCAGAAAGCAAAUGUUUGCAUACAUUUUUUUUUCAAAGUUAUGUGUGUUUCUCCUGAUACCUGGAAUUUAUUUUAAAGCAAAGCACAGUAUUCACAUCAUAAACUUAAGAGAAUUCUGACAUCUUAUGUCAGAAAUAUGUUUAUGAUAUUUUAGGUGGUGCUGUUUCUCUUGGGGCACUUUAGAAGACAGAACAGUCAUGGAGAGCAUUUGUUUAAAGUGCGCAUUGCUGGGCUCACCUCAGAACUCUUUGGGCCUUUGGAUUUCACUUUGAGAAACGCUUCUUCGAGUCGUUCUUUUUUGUCUUGUAAUAUUUCUUGCUGGAGAGUGAAUCCUAUAGUUGCUUUUUGUAAUAAAAUGUUUUAAGAAAGGGCAAUCAGUGAACUAUAAUCAUCUACAUUUGUCAACAAAUCUUACACGAAUAGCUUCGAGUUAGACAUCUCCGCCCCCAUCCCCAACAAAACCUGUCAGUUUUUUACCAAUAAUGUACAAAUGAUGAACAUUUUUCUAUGAUGAGGUUUUAACCAUUAUUAAUGGUGAUCUUUUGUUUUUAAAUCUUUUUUUAACUAAUAAGAUUUAGUCUGUAUAUUUUAUUACAGAAUUGCAUUACAGAUGUUUUUAAUUGUGUUCUAUUUUUUCAGUCCUUAAGUGCCAUGCCAGUUCUUUUUAUAGGAUAUGAAAGUUCUCUCAAAAUACUUGUCAGGGGAAUAAGGUUACGGAUGGACGAUCAGAAUGAUUGGCAUUUUGGUGUCCUAGAAAUUAUUUGCAUAGGCAAGUAGUCAGAUCGUUUUAUGCACAUGGAUUGGAUGUUUGGUACUAUGUGUGUUCAGUGCCGGUACAUUUACUUUAUAAAUAUAUUUUGAUUUUCAUCAUGUAGCAUACUGCCUUGGUCACUGUAUUGUAAUCUGUAUUUGUAUAAUUUUUUUUACAUUAAAAUCUUUAAAUAAAAUGUUUAAUACCUAC